CAUUGUAUUUCAAAAUCGUUCGAGUUUCUCGGCCUUGGCACAUUCUUCAGUAGAAUGAAUGGUUCUUGCUUGAAUUUCGACAGCCCCAUUCGCGACGCCAUUUCCAGGAUCCGUUUUGCUCCGGGUUCCAACAAUCUUUUAAUUUCCUCUUGGGAUUCGACACUCCGACUUUUCGAUGUGGAUAAAUGCGAGCUCAGGUUCGAAGCUCCUAAUGGAGGCUCGGGGCUUCUAGAUUGCUGUUUCGAGAGUGAAUCAGUUGCUCUCACAGCAAAUUCUGAUGGUUCCGUUAUCAGGUAUGACAUGGGUGUGGGGAACAGCAAAGCAAUAGGGAAACAUGAAGAUUUGGCAACCUGUAUUGAAUAUUCUGAGGAAAAAUGUCAACUCAUCAGCGCCGGAUGGGAUAAAAAAGUAAAAUUUUGGGAUCCGCGCUCAACUAGCUCUCUCGGAUGUUUGAGUAGUUUAGGCAUGGAGGUAGAAUCCAUGUCUCUCUCAGGAUUAAGUCUGAUGAUUGCUCACAGGUCAUCAGUGCAUCUUUAUGACUUGCGUCGCUUAGAUAAAUCACUUGAAGCCAAAGAGUACUUCAUGGACAUCCAUAUAAAAUGUGUCCGUACAAAUUCAGAACUGGAAGGGUUUAUAGCUGGAUCAGUUGAUGGACGCGUUGCAUUAAAACAUGUUGGUCAAUCCAAAACAGAUGAAGGAUAUGCUUUCAAAUGCCAUCCAAAAGAUAAGAAUGGAAAACAACAUCUGGUGGCAGUAAAUGACAUUGCAUUUAAUCCAUCCUUACGUGGAGUCGUUGUUACUGGUGAUAAUGAGGGUUAUGCUACGAUAUGGGAUGUCAUAAAGAGGAGACGGUUGCUGGAGUUUCCCAGAUUUCCAAACAGUGUUGCAUCUGUGGCAUGUAAUCACCGGGGGCAGCUCUUGGCGGUCGCAUCAAGUUACACUUACCAGGAGGCCAAUGAAAGAGAAGAGCAUCCUCAGAUAUUCAUGCAUCAUCUCGAUGCUCAACAGAUUGAAUCAAACUCAGCCAGUAGUUCGAGGAAGACAUAAUUGAGGACAAGUCGUUGUCGAGGUCAUUUUUCACCUUCAUUUCUAGAAAUGCAACUUAACUUUUAGUUGUAUACUAGUAUGUUGCUACUUGAUUUUGAUUUAACUUAUUUUGCAACUGUAUGCAGCAAGUAAUGUUUACUUUCUUUGUAAUACAUGUGAAGAGCUGAAAUGCAGCAGUAACAGUAGAAUAUACUAUUAAAUUAGAGGAAGUCUUGUUCGAUCCAUUUGUGACACACUGAAUUGAUUGCGCAAGUUUUCCACUUCACAUUAUGCUAUUUCAUCACGUUUUUUGAGCAUCA